ACUGGAGGAUAUUAUUUUCGUCUUCCACUAUCCAAAUUUCCCAAAUAUCUUCUGCUGCAGUCUCCUCAACAGCAACUCUGAAGAGUGAAGAUCAAAUGAAGCAAUGAAUUCCCUCUGCAAUUCAUUUGAUUGUUUCUCUCUAAAACCCUAUACUAUACAUAAACCCGACCUUCAUUUCUCUCAUUCUUCCUUUCUCAAUUUUUUCCCUGUAAACCUUAAACACAAAUUUGCUUUCGUCCCUAAACCCACAACAUGCCGAUGCCAACUCACCAUCAAAUCCUGCGCCGCCUCCUCAAGUCACUCCGCCGCCGCUGUAGAAAUCGACAUGGUUAGGAACAGGCAAGGCAUCUACACUCCCAAGCAGAAAAAGGUUGUUGUUUUAUGGGACCUCGACAACAAACCCCCUCGUGGCCCACCGUACCAGGCGGCCAUGGCGUUGAAACAGGUUGCCGGGAAAUUUGGGGAAAUCGUUGAUAUGUCAGCGUUUGCCAACCGCCAUGCGUUUAUUCAUCUGCCCCAGUGGGUUGUGGAAGAGCGGCGGGAAAGGAAGAACAUUGACAUCCUUGAACGGAAGGGAAUCGUUACCCCCUCCGAGCCUUAUGUUUGUGGUGUCUGCGGGCGCAAGUGCAAGACCAACUUGGACUUGAAGAAGCACUUCAGGCAAUUACAUGAACGUGAGCGACAAAAGAAGAUGAACAGAAUGAAAUCUUUGAAGGGUAAAAAGCGGCAGCGUUAUAAGGAGAAGUAUAUAAGUGGGAAUCACAAGUACAAUGAGGCGGCCAGGAACUUGGUUACACCGAAGGUGGGAUAUGGGUUGGCGAGUGAGCUGAGGAGGGCUGGGGUUUAUGUGAAGACAGUGGAGGACAAGCCUCAGGCAGCAGAUUGGGCGUUGAAGAGGCAAAUGCAGCAUUCUAUGAGCAGAGGUAUUGAUUGGUUGUUCUUGGUAUCGGAUGAUAAGGAUUUUGUGGAGAUGUUGAGGAGGGCAAGGGAAGCAAAUUUGGGGACGGUGGUAGUUGGUGAUCGAGACAGGGCAUUAGGGAGGCAUGCAGAUUUGUGGGUGCCGUGGAUUGGGGUGGAAAAUGGGGAUAUCACCGAGAAAGAUUUGGUGCCCCGGAAGAGGGAGGAUGAUGGAUGGUUUUCAGUUUCAGGUUUUGAUGGGGAGGUGGAUGGGGUUGAGGAUGUGAAUUUUGUAUUGGAUGAGCUUGUAGUGGGAAGGACUAAAUUUGGUGGUAUGAGGAUUUCAGUGUUUUCAGAAGGGGAGGAAGAUGAAGAAGAGUGGGGAGCAGAGGAUUUUGACGAAGAUUUCUUUUUGGAGGAUAAUGAGGAUGAUGGGUAUUUCUGAUAGAGUAGCAGCAAAUGUUGAUACUGUUUGAAUGUUGGUGGGCAUUUGGUUCUUGUCAAAGGAGCAUACUUGUGAAUGAUUAUUCAGGUCUGCAGGUAUAUAGUUUCAAAUGCCUGAUUCUUCAUGAAACGAUGGAACAAGAUAUCUAUCUGAUUGUUUAAGUCUGCCUACAAUGUCAGAAGGAUUCAAUUUACUCUCACAAUGUGAACGGAUGCUCCUCGUCUGCAAAAGUAUAAUAAAUGAUGUUUUAAUGAUUGAAGGUGACAAUGUUUUCUUCUUGGCAUGUUCAUCCUACUACAUUUUUCAUGGUCAGCCUGCAAUCUUGUUGGUUGCAAGUAGUAACUUGGAUAAAUAGUUAAGAGACAUUGAAUGUGCUUCAAGAACUGUUACUUGUUGUUUUAGGUCAGCUGAAUUGAUUGCAUUCUGUGUAAAAUUUUAGACCAUAACCUCAGUUUUUUUUUGACUUUUCGACUCAGACUUUAUGAAGUGGGAAAUAGAGGGCAAUAUAAAGGUAAAGGGGUC